GAACAUUUGAGAGUGUUGAACUUCAUAUCGCGCUUAGAGGCAAUGAUGAACAAAGCGUGUUUCCUGGAGUUAAUGAGGUGCACGAUGGCUAUUUGCGCAAUUGGAUAUUAUAUAUUCAUGGUAGAUGAAUGGACAGAGAGUGAUGCUCAAAUGUUAUUCACGUACAUUGUAACACUCGUUGCUGUUGUUUCUAAUACAUUUUUAAUCUGUUAUAUCAGCGACAGGUUGACAGAACAGUGCUUGAAAGUUGGUGAAGUGGUUUACAUGACAGAUUGGUAUUAUCUGCCACAGAGAAGAAUCCUCGAUUUAAUUCUGAUCAUUACACGAUCGAACGUGGUCGUUGAAAUCACCGCUGGAAAAAUAUUCCAUAUGUCGCUUUACACGUUCGGCGAUGUAUUUAAAGCGUCUUUCGCCUACUUCAACAUGAUCCGCACAGUUGCAAUGUGA